UCGGCGCUCGCGGCUGCGUUCGGAGCGACUCACUCGCUCUCGUUGGCCGGGUCGUCCCCGCCGAAGAUCGUCCAGCUGAGGAACGGAUCACACGACUCGUGAGGAUGCCGUCGCUCGGCGCGCCGCUUUUUCGCUUUCUCCUCGUUCUCACUGCGGCGGCUUUCGUCGGCGGGGCCGGCAACGAGGCCGGCGCUCACUCUGCUCACGGUGCAGACAUAGAAGCCCUUCUCGGUGGUCAUGGUGCGAGCUUCCCGAUCUGGAAGAUCUUCGGAAUCGAACUGCCGAGGCGGAAGGGAGUAGAGGUCUCCUCUUUCAAGGUCCACGUCGACACCUCCGUGAGCUCGAAACGGCCGAAGAAGCGUGCCCGCACCGACAGUGGAGCCCCGGAACGCAAGCACCGCAGGGGAACGCGCGCGCGACGUCCGCCGUACGUCGUCGUGGAGUCCACGAGCAACGGCGAGGUUCUCGGCAAGUCCCUGCUGCGGAAUCACUUCUUCCACGACCUCUUCAAGUUGCAGGGCGCCCCCGCUGGCGAGAACAUCAGCGUCGUGGGUCCCCAGUACGUCGUGAACAACGGUGUCGGCCAGAAGAACAAGAGCGUCAAUCCCCUCAUCGUCAUUGUUCGCCGGCGCUCGGCGCGAAACGAGUCCGAGAGAGCUGCGGAGAGCGCCGCUGCGUCGAGGUUGCUCGGCGCCAAGGGGGGUGAGCUGCACGUACUGGAAGGCCACGAGUCAAGGAACGAAAUGGGAAGCCGCCAGAGGGCGUCUGCCGAAGCGGCCAUCAACGUCAUCAGGAAGGUCAUCCUGAAGAAGAUGCUGUCUUCGAGCCGCUCGGUCGGCGACAGGUCGAAGCCCUGCAAGAACGGCUCUGCUCUGACCGCCGCGAUCAUCUCGCCGGCGCUGUUGUUUUCGCGUACGCAGCAUUUUCCUCCGGUCUUCUUCGAAGAAAGCAGCAAGGGCGGCUACAGGGACGCCGCGCCGGUUCUGCCCAAGAUCGAGGUUUCCUACGAGUUCCAGGAGGUCAAGUACGAGGGCGGCAUUGAGUCCGGAGCAGGCUCGGCGGCGGAUCUACUCUUCCCUGCCUCGCCGUACGACCGCCGACCUCCGGACGCGACGGCUGUCUACGGAGCGGUCCUGGCGAUCAGCAUGCUAGCGCUCCCGAUCACCAUCAUGGGCCUACUCCGAGUGCUCAGUCGUUACCCGAGAGCGACGACGGGCACCAAGAAGACGAUAUUCAGGUUGCCCUGCGAAGCACCCGCAUACGCUCCCGAACCCGAGCCUAACACCAAGGACCUGAACAUCACAGGAUCUCUGCUAGAAGAUCCCAUCUCCAUCACGGUCAACAGCUACUAUCCCGCAACGGCACGGCCAGGUUUAAUGCAGCCGCCCAAGCAGACCACCGUAUAAAAUUGAGCGAGAGAGAGUGAGAAGGGGUGAAGAAAAUAGAGAAAGCGGUUUCUUUGAGCAGUUUUCUUUUUUUUUAUCGGCCAUAUUUAUCACCGAUGAGUUCCGGGAUAUAUUUUUUUCUUUCUCUUUUCCAUUAGGUAAAUGGUUGGUGGGUUUGAGUAGCCGCUAAAAGCUUCACCAAAAGGACUGAAAGCAUGAAGAGUUGCACCGUAAACGAAGAAAAAAUUGACCAGUGCUAGUGGUUUUUCUUUUCUUUUUGUAAUAAAAAAAAAGCCAGUCUCGUUAA